CUGAUUGGCAUUGCUCUAGGCCGACAUCUUAGUUUUCGGUCGGCAUUUUGCUGCUUGUCAGUGUUUUUCUUUUAUUGUGAUAAUUGCAAAUUUGCAAUACGAAUAUUUUUCCCGGCGAUUAAUACAUAUAUUGUAAGACGGUGUUUUUUGUUUAACUUACAUGCAAUUUUCACUUGCACGCCACGCAAACGAAAAAGAAUAUUCCAGAUAGGCGCAAAAACUUUUACGGCACAACGAAGCUUACGAGAUGAGUGCACAGCCGAGUCCCUGCAUGAAUCCCCAGCAACAACAGCCUACCGAGCAGGAAAAGGUUUAUCAAUGGAUAAACGAGUUGGCGCAUCCGGAUACAAGAGAGACGGCCUUGCUGGAGCUGAGCAAGAAGCGUGAAACGGACUUGGCACCGAUGCUGUGGAACAGUUUUGGCACCACUUGCGCCCUGCUUCAAGAAAUUGUCAACAUCUAUCCAUCGAUAAUGCCACCGACACUGACGGCGCAUCAAUCGAAUCGAGUGUGCAAUGCGUUGGCGUUGCUGCAGUGCGUCGCCUCGCAUCCGGAGACGCGAACAGCGUUCUUGCAGGCGCAAAUCCCAUUGUAUUUGUAUCCAUUUCUCUCGACCAUUUCGAAGACGCGGCCCUUUGAAUAUCUGCGCUUGACCAGCUUGGGUGUGAUUGGUGCGCUGGUGAAAACGGAUGAGCAGGAGGUGAUUACGUUUCUGCUGACCACCGAAAUUGUGCCACUGUGUUUGACCAUUAUGGACAGCGGUUCGGAGCUGAGCAAAACCGUCGCCACGUUCAUCAUUCAAAAGAUCUUGUUGGACGAAUCGGGAUUGUCGUACAUUUGUCAAACCUAUGAGCGUUUCUCUCAUGUGGCCAUUACGCUGGGUAAAAUGGUUAUACAACUGGCUAAAGAUCCUUGUGCGCGCCUCUUGAAACAUGUUGUACGUUGCUAUCUUCGACUCUCUGACAACACACGUGCCCGCAAAGCACUUGGCCAAUGUCUGCCCGAUCAGCUGCGCGAUGGCACAUUCACACAGUGCCUGCAAGAUGACAAAUCCACUAAGCAAUGGCUGCAGAUGCUCAUCAAGAAUCUAGAGUUGGGCGCCGCACAGCCGCCAGGCGCUGAUCCCCGUCAAAUUGGCAUGUCCCCACUGGGCUCCUAGACUGUACAUAUGUAUAUCAUCAUCAACAUCCCAAACAAGAGAGAGAGAUAAAGUGAGAGAGAGAGAAAGAGAGUUGAGAGUAUAUCUCAACCCCAAAUACACUACUUAUUACUGCCCAGACUCUAUCUAAACAAAACAAAAAAACCAAAACACAUACUAGCAGUUAAGCAUUGUUUGGUUAAUUAUUAAGUGUCCUCCACCCCAAGCCCUGCCCUGCGUCCGCACUGCUGCUGCGAUAGUUAAUAAAUUAUAUUAUGAUCUUAGGUUCUAAGAACUUUGUUAAUUCGAAUAGAGCUUUGCAUAUAUAACAAAUUCAUACAAAACAAACAAACAAACAAAACACUAAAAUACUAUCGAAACAAUACUGUUGCUCUUUCCAAAUACCAUUUACAAGUCCUUAGCUGUAAUUACACCUAAUUACAAUAUAAAUAUAUUAAUGUAUAUUAAC